UCAUUCAUUACAAAAGAGCCUUGAUAAAUUUUUACCUCAGCUGCCGGUCCACUGCAGACUACAGUCGAAUUAUUUUCUGUAAUAAAGUAACUGUACUACAGUUUACAAUAAAGGUAGGUUGGUCAACUUACUUGUUAUAAUUGUUCUACUGUAUAAUUUUUCGGUUAUUCGUGUUGUACAUCAAUUUCCUGGUGUACGGAGUUAUGGGGAGAAAAUACAAUAUCGUGGUCUUCGGAGCUGCAGGCUUCACUGGGAAGCAUUUAAUUUUGGAAAUUGUAAAAACGCUGGAUGAAAAGGAUGAACAAUUCUCAUGGGCAGUUUCCGGCAGGUCCACGUCUAAACUUGACGUCGUUUUGCAGGAAAUGUCUAAAGCCUCAGGUAAAGACCUCAGUAAUGUUGACAAGAUUGUGGCAGAUGUCGCAGACAGGGAGUCUCUUCGGAAUAUGGCACGACAAGCGGACGUUGUCCUAAAUUGUGUGGGACCUUAUCUUUUAUAUGGGGGAGACGAAGUGGUCCAGGCAUGUAUCCAAGAGGGAACGCAUCAUUUGGACCUUUCUGGAGAGCCUCAGUUUCUGGAGAAGGUUCAACUCAAAUAUAACAAAGAUGCAGAAGAAAGUGGAGCAUAUAUCAUUGGAUGUUGUGGAUUCGAUAGCAUCCCUGCCGACUAUGGGUCAGUUUACUUGGAGAAUAAUUUUUACGGACAGCUUAAUUCUGUAGUUUCAUACAUGCAGAUCAAGAAGGGUACAAAGGUCACUAAGCUUAAUUUUGGUACCUGGCAUUCGGGAGUGAUCAUGUGCAACCGUUUUUUCGAAACCUUUGCAUUAAAACGCAAACUUUAUCCAAAUCCGUAUUACAAGUUCCAGUACAAGGUGCCAUACAGACCAAUCGUUUACUGCGAAGAGGUACAGGGAUGGUGCAUCAACUUGCCAUUUCCAGACGCCAGAGUGAUGGAGCGCACUCAGCGGUACAAAUACUACAAUGAGAAGCGACGACCUAUUCAGACGCAGGCCUUCAUGCGAAGUCCCAACUUCUUCCUCGCCAUCCUCAUGGCUAUCGGAUCACUUCUGCUCGGAAUACUCGCCCAGUUCAAGUUCGGGGUACGACUUUUGGAAAAUUAUCCGCGCCUCUUCUCCAUGGGCAUGGUUACUAAAGAUGGACCAACUAAGGAGGAAAUGGACAGCCCCUUCAGUUUCACACUGGUGGGCAAAGGAUGGGAUAAGAGUACCAAGCCAACCAGCGAUGGACUGUAUGCCUCCCCACCCAAUAAAACGUUAAUUCUAAAGGUGAGUGGUAUCAAUCCAGGAUAUGGUGGAACUGUCACAAUCAUGCUCCACGCUGGUCUUGCAAUAAUUAAAGAACGCAACCUCAUGCCAUCCAAAGGGGGUGUGUAUACGCCUGGAACUGCAUUUGCUCGAACAUCUCUCGCUGAAAAGUUGACUCGACACGGCGUGUCGUUCACAUUGACAACACCUCAGUAGAAAAAUGCUCUUGUCAUUUCGUGAUAAAUUUAUUACCAGUAAUGCGUCUCGACAAGAACUUUGUUUAUUUCUUAAAGAUUCCUCUCUAUAUUUUUGAAAUUCUAACUGUUGUAUUUAAAGUUCAUUAAAAUAAACACUUUAGUUGCAUUACACAUAA